UUUGGUCGUGUCGCGUCUGGAUGUCUGCUUCUCUCCCUCUGACUGCCGUGUGUCCUGUCUCCAGGGAAGGCCAGACCUCACCCGAGGACUGGCACCGCCUGUACGGCCGCUGCUCGGGCAACGAGAUCUACCACAUCGUGCUGCAGGACAGCCGGUUCUUUGGCGAGUACGAGGGCAAGAGCUUCACCUACGCCAGUUUUCACUCGCACAGAAAGUACGGCGUGGCGCUUGUGGCGGUUCGGCCGGCCGAGCUGCCCGAGUUCUACGAGGAGACGAUCCUGCUGAACCCGGGACCAAGGCACAUCAUGAAGGCCACGGACACGUGCUACUACAUGAGCAUCACCAAGGAGGAGAACUCAGCCUUUGUGGUGGCGAACCAGCAGCCUGCACAGGACAGUGGUUCGACUCACAAAGACAAGCCAAAAGACUGUACAGGUUCGUUACUUCAGCAUUCACACUUUUCGCCUCAUUUUGUUCCACACCUUAAAUCAGCUCCCGUGCGUUGGAUUCCAGUACCCAUUGAGACUGAUGUGCGCGCUGCGCCCCCCUCCCCUGCCGCCCCGGAGGCGACCCCCACGGGGAACCAUCUGGACGUGCCCCGUCCAGGCGAGAACCCCAACCUGCUUAGCCCGGAGAUCCUCAACCAGCGAAGAGGAAGCCGGAGACCGAGCAUACUCCCCGUGCCAGACAUGUUCACGAGCUCGGCGCUCAACAUCUCUACGGACACCGCAGAGGAGGAGGGUGACGAGAGCGAGGACGAGGUGGACGACGAUGUGCCGUGGAGAUCGCCGUCAGAAAAAAUUGCAUUGGUAUCAAGCUCUAGCACAGUGGAAGAUGUCCAUUGCUCUAAAUCUGCCUGGCAAAUUGAAGUGUCCGGGAUUGUCAAGGGCUUCCCUCCCGUGUCCCCAUAUAUCGGCGUGACCCCGACGCUGUGUUACCUGCUCAAAGAAAAGAAACCUCUAUGCUGCCUGCAACUCGCUCAGGUUUGCGAGCACUGCUCUUACCGGAACGCGCGCGAGUACAACUGGCAAAACAAGACCAUAAUACUGGCGGCGGACUACGCGUCCAACGGUAUUUACAACUUCAUUAUCCCGCUGCGCGCGCAUUUCCGCUCGAAAAACUCGCUGCACCCCAUCAUCCUGCUGCUGGAGAGGCGGCCGGACCUCGUAUUCCUGGACGCGCUCGCCUACUUCCCCCUAGUGUACUGGAUGCUCGGCUCCAUCGACUGCACGGACGACCUGUUGCGCGCGGGAAUCACGCUGGCCGAGAACGUCGUGGUGGUCAACAAGGAGCUGUCCAACUCGGCCGAGGAGGACACGCUGGCUGACUGCAACACCAUUGUGGCGGUGCAGACCAUGUUCAAGUACUUCCCGAGCAUCAAGAGCAUCACGGAGCUUUCGCAGUCGUCCAACAUGAGGUUUAUGCAGUUCCGCGCGCAGGACAAGUACGCCCUGCACCUCUCCAAGAUGGAAAAGCGCGAGAAGGAGCGGGGAUCACACAUAUCAUACAUGUUCCGACUACCGUUCGCUGCGGGGACAGUCUUCUCCGCCUCCAUGCUCGAUACUUUGCUGUAUCAGGCUUUCGUCAAAGACUACGUGAUCACCUUUGUUCGCCUUCUGCUUGGUGUUGACCAAGCUCCUGGCUCGGGCUUCCUCACCUCGAUGAAGAUCACCAAAGACGAUAUGUGGAUCAGAACUUACGGUCGACUUUACCAGAAGUUGUGCUCUACAACGUGUGAAAUUCCAAUCGGAAUAUAUCGUACGCAAGAAACCUCGUUAUCAGAACACACACAAUUCUCGCUCAACCUGGUGGACGAGGCGCGCGACAACCACACGAAUCAGAUCGAGCGCGCCGAGAUCGCCAACCUGGUCCGCUCGAGGAUGGAGAGCCUCAACCUGCCCUACACGGACUACGACGACGUGGGUGACAAGAGGAACCACCUCAGCUACGUCAUCAUCAACCCGAGCUGCGACCUCAAGCUGGAAGAGGGCGACAUCAUAUACCUCGUGCGGCCCAGCCCGUUCUCGGCGCAGAAGACGUUCGAGCGCCACAACUCGCGGCGCAAGUCCAACAUCAGCUUCUGCUCGCAGCAGGCGGGCGGCUCGGCCACGGGGUCGCGGCGGGGCUCCUCGCUCGGUCUGUCGUCGACGCCGUUCCCCUCGCCGCGUCCGCCGCUCGUCACGACCAAGGCCAACUCGCUGUCGCUGCCCGACAGCCCCACCGUGCAGGGCCACUUCCGGGGCCGGUCCAACUCGCUCAGGGUGGGCGACGACAUACUGCUGAGGCGGUCCAGCUCGCUGAGGCAGGGUCUGAGCGCGGGCGGUCGCCGCAAGAGCAGCUUGGAGGACAUCGGACUGCAGCACGGGUCGCACAUCGAGCCCUCCCUCCACGGGCUACAGGGCGGACUGCAGGGUGGCCUACAGGGCGCGCAAGGCGUCCAGGCAGGACUCCCCGGCCUCCAGGCGCACAGUCCUGGCGUGCCCCGCGUGCCUGUCAACCCCAUCAAGAUUGCCCUUAACGGGAGCAUCGGCCUGGAGGUCACCCCGCCCGACCACGAUCAGCAGGGGCUGAGCCCCGGCCACAGCCCCGGCGCCGUGGGGGGUAUGGGCGGCGCCAUGGGCAGCGCCAUGGGCGGCCUCGGGGGCAUGGGCGGCCACGCCCACUCCCCGCCAUCGCCAUCCGCUGGCGGAGCCCCUUCGUCCCCCGUGGGCGACCCGCAGAACUUACAAGGAACGAUAGUAUGAUAUAACCUAAUGUGGGGGCGGCGGAUGAGCGGUGCUCGCAACAAGUGGCUGUAGAGCCCUUGACCGUGAGAACAACCUCUCGUCAGUCCGACGCCCCCACAGCGCCCGCUGCGCACCCCACCGCCGCCAGGCACCCAGUGGCACCCAGUGGCACCCAGUGGCACCCAGUGGCACCCCAGUGACACCCCAGUGACACCCCAGUGACACCCCAGUGACACCCUUGCGGCACCCUGUGGCACCCUGUGCAACUCCACUUUCAUUCACUCCAGAGACACGCGGAAGUGCUUCCCGGCACUUCAGUGGUGUCCAAGCGACACCUCUGGUUCCCGGUGAUAUACGCACCCUGCGACAAGCAGGCCACUCACCGUACUGUGCACCGCGCGACACCGCCGGACAUUUGCUUCCUUGCACUGUCAGUGCCAAUAUGAGCCGAUGUUGCAGUUGUUUUCAGUUCACCUCAUGCUGUUGUAAGGCUGAGCGCUGCUCUCCUUGCCGACUCACGAAGUGCACGGCACACAGUGUUAUUAUCUCAACAGACUGUAUUGUACAGAGUAUGUUCAUGUUACUGAACUAUGUAAAAAAUGAAUUGUUUAGAUUUUUUUACCUCUCUUCUAUCUUUUGUGACAUGUUACAAAUUGAAAAAGUAGGACAUUUUGCAUUUUAUAAGCGUAUGAAGUUGAACCACCAUAUUACUCCAGUUAAAUUGUACCCAACCAUUCAAAUUUUAUAAAAAUGCAUUUUUGUUACCUUGUUCUUUAUAAGUAGGAAUAAACACUCAUGUCAAAAAAAAAUAAGGAGAAAAUCUAUUCCAGAUAAGUAUCACAUUUGUUUUUAAGAUUGUGACUUUAAUAAUGGGCAAUUCCCAACACCAUCAAAGUUGUGAUGAAUUAGAACUGGUAUGGUAUUAUUAUACCACAUUUACCUUGACAAUAAAACCAGAGGUGGGAAGAAGUUAUGAAGAAAUGUUACCCCCUAUUAACAACAAGAAUACAAGGUGGAACAAUUGGUAUUAUUUGUAUUUGAACAACUAAAGUUAGUGCUAUGGAGAUUAUUUUAUUUAUGUAUGUUUCCCGUAUGUUUGGUAGAGUCUUGAAGUUUUGCUAUUUUGUGCAAUAUUUGCUAGUGUGUGAAAAAAUGUACAUGGAUCAAUCUGAAGUAUUUGAAUCAGGGAACAAAACACAUAUAUUUUUAAAAGUAUUGUAACUCUAGCUGUUGUAUAGAAAUCACAUUAUCUUUACAAACUAGACUUUUAUAGCAGGCUCUAGAGAUGUAUUACUGUACAGAAAGCAAAAAGCCAAGUGGUCUUGUCAUAAAGCUAAAGUCACAUUUUUCUAUUUUUUCAAAUCAAAGGGAGGAUUCUGUCUGUACUACUUCCACAUUUAUGUCUUUUAAAUAUGAGGAAGAAAACAAACCAAAGACAGUUCGCAAAAAGUAUACUUACCUAUUUAUGAAUUUCUUGCAUCAUCUCCUGUAACCUACCUCUCCUUGAUAAAUAAAAACUGAAUUUUAUAAAGGA